AUGGUCAAGUUCCUGCCUGCUCCUGAUGAUCUCAUCAGGCCAAUUAUUGAGGAUUUCAUGGCAAAGGGGUACAGUAACACCGAAAUCAUUUCCCACCUAUGCAAACACUAUGAUACUGAUGCAUACAAUGUUUUGAUUGACCUCCUGAAAAAGCAGCGCUCUCAGUGGGGGCUGAAGUCUGCUCAUGGGCAAGCCCAUACCAUCACAAGUAUUGGUCCUACAAUUGAGCGAGUAAAAGAUUACUGUGUCAAGCUCUUCCUGCAUGUUGCAGUCAAGCCUUUUUCAGGAUGCAUACUUUGGAUCAAGAUCUGGUGGACCAACUGUAACCCCUGUCUUAUUUGUGGAUGGUACUGUGAUACUGUACAAGCCCUUGGUGCCAUGCCCCUUGUAACCCAGAAUGACCCUGGAAGCGAAAAUAAUGGCAUCGCUAAUGGUCACACCUUACUUUGUCAUAUGCAAGAUCCAGCUCUUGCCCACACUUUACAACACAAAUUCAAGGGCCAACAUCACAACAUCAAGCCUGAAAUAUUUUGGAGCCAAUUACAAUGA